AUGUCAAAAACGACCAGCCGCAAGUGCUCUCGCCAGCACGGACGACCUUGGAAGGAGACAUCGGAGGAGCUGCUGAAGCCAUAUAAGCUGGGCUACUUCACUGGGCUGGUGGAAUGCAACCCCAUCUGCCAUCCCGAAUCCGUUUGCAUCUGGCGUGGUGUUCUUUUGUCGUGUGGAACGAGGGAACCACGUGGUUUCGAUCUGGACGAGACAGACCAGAGGCUGUGGUCCCGGGAGCACCCGGGGUGCGGGGGCCAACUGCAGUCGCCCAUACACCUCGUGGGGCACAAGGCAGUGCCCCUUCCACUGCGGGCGCUCGAGACCGCCGGCUUCCACGACCCCCUGCCCCAGCCCAGGCUCGCCAACACCGGCCACUCGGUGUCGCUGACGGUGGAGCGCUCGGCCGGUGUCGAGGUGCCGUGGGUGUUCGGGGCGGUGCUUGACGGCCGCUACGACAUGGAGGGCUUGCACUUCCACUGGGGCAGCCGCAACAGCUGGGGCAGCGAGCACGUGCUGAACAGCAUACGGUAUCCUGCAGAGAUGCAUGUCAUCUUCAGAAGCAACAAGUACAGCUCUGUUCAAGAGGCUCAGCAGCACUCGGAUGGGCUUGCAGUUUUGGCUUUCUUUGUACAGCUGAGGCAGCACGGCAACGAGGCGUUGUCGCCGCUGCUGGCCGGCCUGCAGGCAGUGCGGGCGGAGGGCCAGAGUGCCCCGGUCAGCCCCGGGCUGACGCUGGCGUCCCUGCUGCCCCGGGACACGGAGGUGUACUACACGUACCGCGGCUCGCUCACCACGCCCCCCUGCUCCCAGGCCGUCGUCUGGAUCGUGUUCCCCGAGUGCGUCCCCGCCUCGUUCCGGCAGCUGAAGCAGUUCCGCCGCCUGACGGCGGGCAGCAGGCCACUGGUGGACAACUACCGCCGGGUGCAGCCGCUGGGGCCACGGAGGGUGUUGGUGCGACGCCUGCCCGGGCCCGGCCCGGGGAACCACUCCCGGGGUCUCGGCUGGCUGGUGGAGCCCCCCGGCUCGCCGUAGCCUCCGGUCUCUCCCGUGGUGGACUCUGUGUAAUAUUUAACUGUCAUUAGGAAUUUCCUUAGUCAACUACUGUAUUUCUCAAAAAUUUUAAUCAGAUUUUCCUUUUUAUUAAUAAGGGUUAAAAAAAAAUGUAUUAAUAAAAAAAGCAAGGAAUCUUUUCAGUGGAUCGGAAUACUAUUCAAUUAAUUAUUGAGCCAUAGGUGCACUGGCAAAAAUUAUUUUAAUCAAUGCAAACUGUCCUAUAUUUACCAUUUUUUUAAAAAUAAGUUUGAGUAAAAGCUCAAAUUCAAAAAUUAUUAUACGUACAUAUACUUGUUUGAAUUUUUUUUACUUUCAAAAGUUUAUCCAAAUACAGUAGAGCCUCAUUUUUACAUAUUUCAAGGGACCAGGAAAAAAAAUAUGUAAAAACCGGGAAAACGCUAAAUGAGAGAAAUGUUCAAAUUUUUUUUAUCAUCUCACUAUAUGGGAAACAAUAAGAAAAUAUAUACCACACUAAAUAAUAUGUCAGAUACCGUUACGUUUUUAUAUAUUAACUAGAACUUCACUAUCUCACAUAAUUAAAAUUAUAAAUAUAUCCAAUAUCUCCGUUCUUCAUUAUUGCCAAAAGUUAAACAUAAAUUUGCUGUUCUUGUGUAAGAGAUGAGAAUGUUGAAGCAUCUUGAUAUAGCCACUUGGUGCUGAAAUUUUGUAACACAAUUGAUUUUUGAACUUUGUAUUUAAUUAAGUGUUAAAGUUUUAUUAAUUUCAGAUUUUUUGAGAAAUAAUACUAUAACACGAUAGCUACCACCAUCAAUAUAAUUGUUUACGUUGAGGAAUAGAAGUUAAAUUGCCACUGCAUUGUUUGGAUAUUCAUUGCAGCCAUUUGACUUUUCAGGAUGUUUCUAAAGUGUUAAAAUGAACAUCGCCGAAUAUGCACGAAGACGCCGUAUUUAUAGGAAACUCGUACGUUGCUUAAAACGUAUUUUAAUAAUGGAACAGUAAUCCGCUCUUUUGUGUAUUUAAAAUGAGAGUUUUCACCUUUAUUUUCAUGCAUAAUACAUUUAAGAUUAAAUGUUUAUGUCAUCAUACGUUUGGUUCAUGGCCGUAUGGUGUACAAUAGCACGUGGCACAAAAAAAAAAGUAAGUUGUUUACAAUGGCGAACGAAGCUGUGGUGACCAUACACUCAUGCAGUAACGCUUUAUAAUUAAACUUCACGCUAUUCAUUUUGAGAAUUUAUUGUUUUCUCUAAAGUUUCCGAUGGUUUGCCACGAAAUACAGCACUAAUUCUACGUAAACAGUGGGAAAUGCUUUUGCACAAUGCGGGAAAAUAAUGCAUUAUUAGUAUAGGGAAAUUGACAGUGAAUGUAAAAAAAAUACGUUAAUCGCGGGAAUUCGUAUAUCGCGGGUACGUAAAAAUGAGGUUCUACUGUAGUUUGGGCUGAUAUUGGCACAAAUACCUUUCUGUACUGUUCAGAAAAAACAUGAGUAUCAUUAAACAACAUUCCGUAGUUAUCUAGGAAAGAGUGAAUCUGGAGAAAAAAAAAAUCUACUCCGGAAAUGCAUUUUUAACUUACUGACAUUUUUUUCUAAUUAUUCUGCAAAAUGGCAUUUCCCUAUUUCAAGUAGUUAAUGGUUGUUUAGAUUAGCUACAGUAAACACCAUUUUUAGUUUGUAUGUGCAUAAUGACAUGAGUAUACGUCGCAACUGUUUUGUAUUAGCAAGUACACUCUGUACGUCUGUGCUGUUGUCAUUGCGACGUCCAGAAUACCUGCCAUCACUGGGUUCGCCUGUGCAUCACUGUGUUUGUGAAAUUUUGAUCAUCGGGGUAAUUUAGACCACUAUCGAUCUCUGAAAUCUCGAUUCUGUCACCUGUAAGAUGCUAAUCUCAAACGGAGCAUAAAUGAAGCACGUUCAGAAACUUAACACCAUUCUGGCUGCGUAUAGAUUGCAGCUAUAAUGUUUUGUUUAUUUUGUCGAUAUUAAUUCUAAGAAUUCUGGAUCAUAUUGUGUAAGGUAGAUAAUAUAGUAUAUAUAAGUGAUGUAUACAAUUAUUUGUACACAAGUAAAUAUGA